CAUCAAUCAUACCUACUCUCACAAAGUAUCUUGUUAACAUUGCCAACCCAACUUUCACUUUUCAGCCAUGGACGCCCCCGCGAUGACCAAGCCGCUGGCGACCAAGCCCGCAAACUUGCUGGCGCUGUUUGGUCUCACCAAGGCGCCCUCCAAGGUCGUGCCUCAGACCGUGGACAAGCUGGUGCAGCGCGUUGCCGAGGAGGAUACCCAAUCUCUAGCGGAAGCAGCUCUGCGCAACCUGAAGUCCUACGUGGCUCAACAAGGUCUCGAACUGCCCGAUGGCUGGAAGGCGACCGUGAAGGUCCGCCUGACCACUCGCAGCAGCGGCCGCACUGGCCGCACCACCACCAACUCCUACACGUCACCCUCUGGCAAGAUUUGCCGCUCCCACGCGGCAGUGGUGGAGUUCCUGCGUGCCUCGCGGUCGACGCCUGCUUCGUCGCCCAGCUCGUGCGGCCCAACCCCGGACGGGCUUUUAAGCCCUCCGCUCACGGACGUUUCGGACGCGUCCGACGGCGACGGCGAGCCGAGCGCCAAGCGCUGCCGCCACUAGAUGGCAUUGUGUGUUAUGUGUGUCGUGUGCGUGUGUUGUGCGUGCCCGCGUUCUGUGCCUUCACUGCUUGCUGUCGCCCUGCGCGCUGUGAAGCGCUAUCAGGGGGCCAGCGACGGUUGUUUUUGAGUGUCUACGGUCAUACCAGUCAGGCAAAGCCCCGAACCCGUCCGAUCUCGGAAGGUAAAACUGACUGGGCCCGUCAAGUACGGUGGUGAGAGAUCACGCCGGAACCACGCGGUGCCGUAGGCCAUUAUAACGCUUCUCCAUGCGGGAGGCGCUCUUACGUGCUGGGUGCUGCACGUUCGAGUGCCCGGGUUCACCCCCGGAUGCGUUUCAGUGUUUGUGUGUGCGCGCGCAAGUUUUAUGUGAGAGUGUGUGUGUGUGUGUGUGUUGGUUGGCCGUGGUGCCAACCGUUGUGUCUGAUAAAGGUGCUGGCGUGUGGGAUGCUAAGAACAGGUUGUCUCGCCUGUCUAGCAUUGGUGGGCUCAAGAAACUGGAUGUCAAAACCCGGUGUUUCUCAACACCUCCAUUGUUAGGUCCCGGAGGGCAAGCAAGGGGUGCUGCUGAGCACUGAUGUGCGUGUGCGUAAUGUGCCCCGUGGCGAGUGCACGGUUCCCUGUCCAGCCGUCC